UCUUAGCGUCGGUGACAAGAAUAUCCCCCACCCACCACCCCGGGGAUAUAUAAGGCUGUCGAGCUCUCAGACAUAAUUCACUGCAGAUGCAUUGUCCACGGAGUCUGAAAACAUGGCUCGGCUGAGGGUUGGUAUCAUACUAGCCAUAAUCACAGGUGCAGUGAGUCUCCUAUCCCCCGGCACCGGAGAAGCCCCACCGGGUCCAGAUUACCUCCCCCUACCCGACCCUAAAACCCCUCAUAAGCCACAGGGUAUGACCCCAUCUCCUCCCCAAGGUGGACCCCUCCUGCCUACCCUCACCGCCCCGAGGAGCUCCCUGCUUCCCCUGGCAAGUUCCAACCCUGUUCACCUCCCACAGGGUGCUGCUUUCGCACCCCUAGCUCUAGUCGUUGCGGCUCCAGUCAAUGCACCCUUAGCUCCAAAUGUUGCCGCACCCGUCAACGCACCCUCACCCACAGGUGCUCCAAACAGCGCCUCACACCAGUUGCAUCAGCACCAAGCCCAGCUGCCUCCCUCUGGGGCUAUGAUUCCGUAUCUACAACCAGGGGCCCCUUUACCCUACACACCACGGGCAAACAUGUAUUACUUACCACCCGGGGCUUCCCCGUUCAGCCCUGUCCCAUCUCCAGGUCGAUAUCCACAUACGUUACCACCCGGUGCUGCUUCUUUCCUACCCCCGGGGGCAGCACCCUUAGUACCCCCUCCGGGCCAACAGUAUCCCUACCUUGCUCCGUCUAACAUCCCUCCACAAUAUGGGCGCUCGACACCCCAGACAGCUGGGUCGCCCACCCUGGGACAGAAUUCCCCGGUAAAUAACAACCCAGCACCUUCAGCUAAGGGGAACCUGGUUCUUCCCCUCAACUGGCACCUGCUCAACUCUCCAGCUAGUCAGAUCCAAGUACAGUCUGCAGCUGUGUUCCGCUCUAACCCUCCUCGUCCUCCUGUCGUCCUUGGUAGACGAAACAGGCUCCCUUUCUUCUCCCCCAACCCAACCAAACCAUCAAGUUUCAUGCAGAUUCUCGACUUCCUGGGGAGAAUGCGAGCAACGAAGGAGCUUGACUGUAAGACUGUCCCCGAAGCAUUGAGGAUGAACCUGCCAAAGUACUACCCACUGAGCUGUGAUUACAAGUGCCCGCCUCCCACGGUGUGCCGAAACGUCGGACCGGUCGGCUUUUGUUGCCCUCCCCUAGUCACGGAUCAGCUCAUCUGGAUGGUGGGGCUAGCAGAGAGGUUCAAGGUUCUCGGCGGUUAGCUGUAGAUGUAUCAAAACUGAAGCUGAACGUCAAAUCUUCACGCUGUGUUCGGCUUUUGUGGAUAUGCUGGACAUGUUCGGGACGACGAACGCAGAUCGAUUCCCACUCAAUACUCAGGACUUCAGAGCCCCGGCUCUCCAACAGAUCAGUGUACCAGACCAACUCAAGUCUACUUGAAGUGUUCACUGAGUGGAAUACGAUAAAGCCAUGCUACUCCAGACAAACAGUAACGUACUGCGGAAAUUGUAUUUGUCAUAUAUGCAGAGUACGCAAAACAUUACUCAGGACGAUAACAGAGAAUGAAAUAGAAUACAGAAUUUGACAUGCAUAUAUAUGAAAAUAUAUGAUCCCAAACGUGUUAA